GUUAAUUCAGCAGUUUUGAUCGUGAACUCUUAUAAGUGAGAUUGGCUCAGUGUAUAGCGGAAAUUAGUGCUAAAAUGAUGCCGUUGAGCAAGAUCGCACAUCGGACAUGCUUCGUAGUAAGCCGAACCGUGUACAUGACAUGCUGCUGCGGCUGCUGCUCGGCCCUCCGGCCGCGCUACAAGCGGCUGGUAGACAACAUCUUCCCCGCCUCCCCGCAAGAGGGCCUGGUGAAGUCCAACAUGGAGAAGCUCACAUUCUACUCGCUCUCCAGCCCUGAGAAGCUGGACAGGAUUGGAGAAUAUCUGUUCCAGAAGGCUAGUCGGGAUAUUUACAGAAGGAGGCAUGGAUUCGUCGUCAUAGCAAUGGAAGCGAUGGAUCAACUUCUCCUGGCCUGCCAUUCACAGACGCUCAAUUUAUUCGUCGAGAGUUUCCUAAAGAUGGUGCAGAAGCUCCUAGAAUCUACUGACCCUGAACUUCAGACCUUGGCUACUCAGAGCUUCGUCCGCUUCGCAAAUAUCGAAGAAGACACGCCGUCGUACCAUCGUCGCUACGACUUCUUCGUAUCCAAGUUCUCGGCGAUGUGCCACAGCAACCACAAUGACAAGACGAUGAGGGACAAGAUACGACUCGCCGGCAUACAAGGCUUGCAGGGCGUGAUUAGAAAAACGGUAUCCGACGACCUAGUGGAGAACAUAUGGGAGGCCCAGCAUAUGGAUAAAAUUGUGCCUUCUCUGCUCUAUAAUAUGCAGAGUGCAGAAAAAUACGAGACCCUAUCCUGCAUGGACACAGACACACAAGACGGAGUAGAAGACACCCCGCCUCGCCUCGCCGAGGCGUGUCUUCGGGAGUUAGUCGGCCGCGCCUCCUUCGGACACAUUCGUAGCGUACUACGACCAGUGCUCACGCAUUUCGAUCGACACGAGCUUUGGGUUCCGAACGACUUCGCCGUACAUACUUUCAAAAUCAUCAUGUUUUCCAUACAAGCGCAAUAUUCAUACAGCGUGGUAGAAGCGCUGAUGCAGCAUUUAGACGCGGCCGGUGGGGCCGGCAACGACCCGCGAGCCCGCACCAGGGUGAGGGCCGCGCGCGCCGGCGUGCUCAGCAAUAUUGUCGCUAUCGCCGCCGGAGACAGCGUCGGUCCAUCGGUUUUGGAAAUUAUCAACAACCUGCUCACCAACCUCCGAGCUUCUGUGGCCAGAGAUUCUGAGAAAGAAACCGACGAGAAGCUAUAUCAAGAGGCCCUCAUCAACGCCCUUGGAGAGUUCGCUGACCACCUCCCCGACUUCCAGAAGAUCGACAUCAUGAUGUUCAUCGUCAGCAAGAUCCCCAGCAGCCAGCGGCAAGGCAAGAGCAGCAAGGCGGACGCCAUGCUGCAGAGUAUACUACUCAAGUCGCUGCUCAAGGUGGGCACAACAUACAAGACGAGCGAGCUGAGCAAAGCGUUCCCAGCGGCGUUCCUGGACGCUUUACUCCGUCUAUCGGGCGCAGGGGAGCCUGCCACACGAGCGUUGCUGCAGCGCAUACUACACACACUACUCGAUAGAAGGCAGAACGCACAUAAUUUGCAGACGCCAACGCUGGCGUACGCGGAACUCGGGCUGACGAUAGAGAAGUGUUCCCGCCCAGACCUCAUCUUCAUCAGCAAACACGGCUAUGUUAUAUUUAGCUCUCUCUACGACGGUCUUCAACUGGAAUCGAACACGUUGGAGAACAUCGAGGCUAUCUACACGACACUGGCGCUGUUGAUCAUCGAACUGGGCUCAGAGGAGACUGUCUGCGAUUUCAUGCAACUCAUACUGGCUAUCCAGCAGUCCGCCUUGACGAACCCCGUGCUGACCGUGGGCCAGCAGUGCCAGCUGCAUGCCGUCUGCAUCUCGCUGGCGCUGCUGCUGCCCAGGACCCGAGCCCACGACUACCUGCUCAAGAUAGUGGAAGCGCGGCGAGAGGACGCACCACACCUGUUGCCACCGCUGUUGGAAGACUACGACAUCACGCCGGCCAAGAUGCCCAACAAGUUCCCUUACCUCAUGAUCGAUCAGAUGGAGCUAUGCGACUGCCUGAAGGCGUCGGGGCUGGACGCGGCGCGGCUGCAGGCGCCGUCGCCGUACGUGGCGGGCGGCGUCAGCCUGGCGCACCGGCACAGCUGGCUCGAGACCGGCGCGGCCGCGGGCAGGGACAGUCUCGCCGACAUCGGAGCGCCCAACGAGAUGGACAGCGCUAAUAGUUCGCCUGGAGUACAGCGGCACCCGCAACAACCGGAGAGCGUCAGCCUAGAAGCUUUACGUCGCGCCGCUACCGGCCCCAGCGACGCCGAGCGACGAGAGGCCGAAAGGCGACGGGCCUCGCUCAACAGCGCCUUCCGAACCGCGCCCUUCGACCAUCUAGUCAGCCUUACACAGCCAAAGUACGAGCUAAAAGACAAGCUAGAAGAGAUCUUCAGCUCCAUCCAAUCGGAGCCCCUCCUGCCCCGCUCGGCCUGCUCCCCUACAGCAUCACACCAGAGCAACCUUCACAAGCACACCAAGUAUCUGCCCGAGCUGUUCCUCUACUAGAUAAUGUUCCCGUUCAGCUUAGCUUCAAUCAAAGAAUUAUCUAUUGCAGAAGAGUUGUAAAAUCUAAGAAAAUGCCCAGUUUGACAGUCAUGUCAUAUUGUACGGUUAGUGAACUGUCAACUUUUUACAACCCUAUAUACUGCGUAACAAAUUCUAAGCACGUUUUUUUCUUACAAUUUGCAACUCAGUGUAGAAAAUGAAUAAUUCUAUGGCUUCUAUGAAUACCUAAAUAUAAUCAUGAUAUUAAAUCUACUAGCUGUUAUUUCGGCUUAAUGACUUGUUUAUAUCAAUGUUAAUGUUCAAAUUCGACUAAUACAUAUGUAAUAAGUAAUGUUACAACAAAAUUCUUCUAAUCUUGCUCAAAAUUACUUUCACCAUUGUCUUUAGCCUUUUGAAUCUUAGCAUGAAUGUAUGCGGGCAUCGUAGCCUAAAGGCGUGUGCAACUGUAUAGUUGUGUAUACGUAAAGAAGGAAAUCGAAUUGUGUUACUCAUUUACUUUAUUUAAAUACAAAAUUCGAGUCGACAUAACAUUCCAUGUAUCCGAAUCUCUUGCUUUUAUUGUGAACUAUGAUUUAUAUUUACUUAUUCUACUUUAAAAAAUUUUUGUGUUUUGAAAAAUAGUGCUUAUUAUAAAAAAUAUAAGAUUGGAAUAUCAACUCAAUUAAUAGAUAUAGUGCAUAUUUUUUUUCCAUCGUAUUUUCUCGGAAACGUUCGUAUUUGUCAUGCUACUUCAGUCAACCUCAGUUACUUUUUGUACCGAGACUGACUGAAAUAGCAAGACACGUUCGUACGUUUCCGUGAAAAAUACGAUGGGAAAUAAUUAUGCACUAUAUUUGUAGGUGUAUAGCGACUUUUGAUGUUAAGGGCUGUUCAAUAAAUUACGUAAUUUCAAAUUGGGGGCGGGGUCUGGACAUCGGAUGAUGGUAGCAUGACGUAGGAGGAAACGGGGUCAUUCCAAGCAUGAUUUUAGGGAAGGGGGGGUCAAAAAUAGAUGACGUAAUUUAUGAACAGCCUCUUAUCUGUUGAUGAUGUUUGGUAGAUGGAUUGGUAUAAUUCUUGUAAAAUAUGACUUGAUGUAUUUAAUUAUCAUAUUAUAGGUAUAUAUCGUUAUAAAACAAUGCAAUACUAAUUAUACUGCCAAUAGAUUUGAAUGAUUAAAUGAAAUAGCCUAAAUAUUAAGUUGGGGUCAUUAUCCGAACUCCUGAUUUGUGAAUUUGUCAAUUUUGUUGUAUUAAAGUGCACUUACACUAGAUUUAGACCAAGAUAAGUCUGCAACGAUUUUUGAUAGCACACGCAGUGCAAGUGUUAUACGUCAUCAUUUCAUAGAAGUUUGACGUUUAAAUUAACACUUUCACUGCAGACUUAUCUUGGUCUAACUGUAGCAAUAUUUCAGUCAACGGCAGUGGGUCAAAUUGGAUUAUUAUGAGAUUCAAAGCAAUCUCAAUACAAUGCGACUUAUUUCGUCAGUAUAUUCCAUAUUACUUACUCAAAGCUUCUUAUAUCAAUUGUAAAAGUGCCCAAUUGCUAAGGGUGGGUCAACAUUAACAAAUGUUGUAUACACUGAUCAAUACCCUCUAGCCGCCCAUACGUCAAACCUUGCCAAGCAAAAUUAAAUUUUAUUUUGUCAACACAAAGUUCAAAUUAGAAUGGAACAGGAGACCUUUUUAUAGGUCUCUGGGCGGCUAGAGGAUAUAAAUUGCUCGUGUUAGUGCACCUUUAGAAUUAUUGUAGUUAGAUGAAGGUACAUUCAUACUUAAUAGGUAGUUGGUAGACCGAUGUGACAGCCUACUAGUAUAUUCUAGUAUUUGAAAAGUAAAAUUUACCCUGUGGUAUUUAAAUGUUUUUGGCGAAAUAGCGAAACUGACUGUCUAUCUCUUUUUUUGUUUGUUUGUUUGAAGACAGGUACAUAAAACAGUUAGGCUGCUUCAAAAGUUGUAAGAUACAUUUUCUGAGAUAAUAAAUUCUAUUAUAUACCUAUGUAUUAUGUAGGUAUGUAGGGUAGUUUGAAUUGGUCUGUUGGUACAUGGUGAAUUGAUCUAAUAAUUAUUAAUGAUAAGUAAUAGUUGAUACGUAGUUGAUGGCUUUUUCGCCUUAAGGGAUUAUUUCCAAUAUGAUUAUGGAUACUAUAAAUACCUAUUGACUCGUAUGAAAUCAAUUUGUUUAAAGACACUUCAUUUAUUGAUCAAUGCUUAACCCUUUACCCGGCUGAUAUUUCAAAAAUGACAAUCAAAUGUCAAUCUUACUCAUCGAAAGUAGAACACAUGUACCGUAUGUGGGAAAUAUAUAAUAUAAUAUGUCCCUUAGGUCCACUUACACCAUCCCACUAACCCGGGGUUAACCGGUUAACCCCUCGGAUGCGGCCUGUCAAAUAUAAUCAUUGAAAAAGUGACCUUGCCAUUUAAAACAAUAGAUUUAAAUUCACACGCACGGAUCCGUGUCUAACCAUACGAGGGGUUAAACCUGGAGUCGCUAUGGUUACCCAUACAAUUUGACACUAGGUAAACGGUUUAACUGCUUAACCCCGGGUUAGUGGAUGUUGCUAGUGGGCCUUAGCCUAGUAUAGGGUUAAGUUUUUAAGCUACAGAUUUAUUUGUAGGUAGAAUGGAUAGACCAAACCUAAAUUGUUUUAUACUGUCAACACCCAGAAGACUUUUUUGGUCGGUUGGUUUGGUUGGGUGUUGGAGGUUAUAGGCCAGAGCACAUCGGCUACGUGCGCGUACGUGCACUAAAAUGUUGGAGCCCUGCACGCACACUUCACGCAAGCGGUGUGCCGUCUCUCAUAAGGUUCUGUAUACUACAACGCGCAUAUGCAAGUUCACGCACAUGCAUCCGGUGUGCGCAGUCCAUAAGGACAAGUUGGACAGGUUAUUAGCACGUCUUCUUGCGUUCCGUAGGUACUCUGCGGUGCGGUCCAUCCGGUGUGGUCUAGCCUUCAGUAUUUUUAUCUGUGGUUAUGUAUUGAUAUUGUUAUUUUGUUUGUACUUAUAAAUAUAUGUGCGGUCGGUUGUAUUAUGACGGUUAAUAAAUAUGUGGUUUGGACC